AUGCAAAAGUUCCUGGAUAAAGUGGACAGUGCAAGCAUGAAGAUUGAAGCGUGCAAGGAGUCACUCGAUAAAAUGAACUACCUCACGCGGCGUGUAAGCGGAGUCUCAGAGGAAAAAGAGUCUAAAAAGCUCAGAGACGACUUAGCAGGUCUUCGUAAUGACUUCAUUGAGAAUAUCUCGGAGGUAAAGGAUGGAAUAACCGAGAUAAAGCGAAAACUCAGAGGAAAGACGCAGCACGAACUGCACACAAAGCAGCAGCAAGUGAAGUCUCUGGUGGAAAGAACAAAAAAAGUCAUUGAGGAAUUCAGCACAACACAAAGCGAAUUUAGUGCAGAGGAAAGAGAAAGGCUUAAAUCGCAGUAUAUUAUAGCUAAGCCAACAGCAACAAAAGAAGAAUUAGAAGCAGUAGAGUACAGCGAGUCACCAAAAAUACCCUUCCUAAAUGGAGGGAAAGGAGAUGCAGAUGAAAGAAAGAAAAGCGUGAAGCAUAUUUCUGCAGGAAUCCAAAAUGUCAUGAAAAUGACGCAGGAUCUUAACCUACUAGUGCACGAAAAAGACAGAGAUGUCGACAAAAUUGCAAUUCACACAACGCACGCAGAAGCAAAGGCAAAGAAAGCAGACCAAGACUUAAAAUCGGCAGAAAAGUAUCAGAAGUGGGCUAGACUUGGGAAAAUGACUUUUUAUUCGAUUAUUAUCUUCUUGGUGGUAGUUGUAGUUUUGGUUUUAUUCGGUGGGUUUGUUAUUUUUGUGCUUAUGGCUAUUUUAAACUACAAAGCAGCGCAUUCUGGUGCUUCAUCCGGCACAGAUGGAAGUACUUCUGGCGGGGGACAGGCACCUGCAGAGACAACAGCUGGAUCAAUUGAGCAAAGUGUCAGAAACAUCUUAGGAGGAAGCAAUCCUGCACCAGCAAAUUAA